AUGCAUAUUAAGAACAAUCAAAAAUCCAAGGGGGUCCAGAUGAGGAAAGUAUACAGAUUUGUCUUUCAGAAGUAUGGUAACUACAGCUGCUACCUUCUUGCACACCCCCACUACUCUGUCGUUGAAAAUUUAAAAUAUCUUUCGCUGCCGAGGGAUGCAGCUCAGCCCGUUCACGUGGGCUACGCCACAAUAUCUGGAGGCCUCCAAUAAUAAGUGGCUGUGGAAGGAGGAAUUGUCUUAAGUAGAGAGUCGGCGAAGAGGCUCAGCGAGCUUCUCAGGAACCACGAAUAGUGUAAAGAUCAAGAUGUAAUUUAGAAUUUAUCCUUCGAUAAGUAGCUGGUCGUCUGCCUGAAAUAUGUGGGUGUUGUUGUAAAUGCAGAGGAUUAUGAAGGAAGAAAUGUGUUUAAUUCAAAGCCCAUUGGGCACCUCAUUCAAGAGGCAAUGCCUAAUAACUCACAUCAAGUAAUAAAAGGUUGCUGUUCAGAUAUAGCCAUCAUGUUUAAUGGACUUACUCCCCCAAUUAGAAGGUAA